AAAACUCAUCUUGGACUCAAUUGAUCUUCAUUCUUCCAAUUAUUACUUUUAAGCAUUAACUAAUUUUUCAUUAUUUUCUGAAACGAGAAAUAAAUUUGCAAGAAAUGGGUUCUUACACUGUGGCCACCCUUGUCGCAGUGGGAUUGGUAUUAACGCAAGUUAAUGGUCAAGGAACCGGGCAAUCAUGCACAAUUUUGGGUGGCCUACCAAGUGGAACCUGUGUCCCUUCGUCAGAAAUCUGUGUCGCUGUGCCACUAGCAACGUGUAAUUCAGGCCUGAAAUGUUGUGCAUUGGAGCAAAGCCUACCAGCAAAUGUGGAUUGGAGGAAUUCCAAUAUAGUGACCCCAGCCAAAAAUCAAGAAGGUUGUGGCACCAGCUAUGCUUUUGCGGCCGUUGGAGCCAUUGAGAGCUAUAUUGCGAAGAAAACUGGAAGAUUGUUGGACCUGUCGGAGCAGCAAGUAGUGGAUUGUAGUUAUCGUAUUCAGGGUAAUAUGAAUGCUGGAUGUGGUGGAGGAAACGUAGUAACCGUAUUUGAUUAUGUGAGAAAAAACGGACUUGUAGAGGAAUCCUCCUAUCCAUAUGUUAGUGGUCGGUCUGGGACACAUUACAGUUGUAGGAGCAAUAGUGGACCAUAUCGGAUUUCUGGGUACACGAGGAUCACAAAUGGGUCGGAAUAUGAAUUGCAGAAGGCGGUAGCCACUAAUGGUCCGGUUGUAGUUUCAAUUAGCGGAGAAAAUAGGGACUUCCAACUUUUUAGUGGGAGCGGAAUAUAUGAUAAUCCUGCAUGCCCAAAGCAGGUUGACGUGGAUGUCCUAGUUAUUGGUUACGGGACCCAAAAUGGAAAGGAUUAUUGGUUGAUUAAAAAUAGCCUGGGGUCAACCUGGGGAGAGAAUGGCUUCGGGAAAAUUCUGAGAGGAGUAAAUCAGUGCGGAAUCGCAUCGGACUACAGCUGGUUUCCAAUCAUCUAGUUUAUCCACUUCGGAGGAAUAUGUAGUACAAAUGUUAGUGAUAGUUAAUAAGAAUUCAAAAAUUGAAGAUGAUUAAACAAUCGGGAGUACAAAAUGGGAA